AUGAAGUCAGGAGUUUUAACAUUCUGUCUCCUCUGCUUUCAGUUGGAAGCCCUCUGUGGAACUGAACGCUGUUCAUCACGUCGACUAUGCAAAAAUAUAGAACAAUCUACUGUCUCUGAGCCCCAGGUGACAGUUGAAUUUCACAAUGGGAUCGUCAAAUUCAACUUCAGCGACCCUAAAAAUGUUACUGAAUUCAGCAUGACCCUGCUGAAGGGGCACGAGAGGCAGGAAAUCUGUGCAUUCCACAUGGAGAAUGGGAAGUCAAUACCUGAAACUAAUAGCAGCUACUGUGAGCCAGUGCACUCUGGCAACAGCACGUCCUUCAUUCUCAAAAAUUUGGAAAGCAAGCACACCGGCAUUUAUCUCUGCUGCCUGGAAAUCCUUUUACCUGCUCCCUACAUAGACUGUAGGGUAAAUGAAACCUAUUUGUAUAUCCAUGACUCAGAAGCCUGCUUUGUAUCAGAAAUGAUGUCAUGGAUGCUUAUUGGGAUCACUGUAUUUUCCAUGGUUUCCUGUAUCUGCUGCAUAGUAGCCUGUUGCUUAAGAAAGAAGACACAGCAAUGUGAAUCCAACUCCCAUGAGUUCAACAGUGAAUAUAUGCCCAUGGCAGCAGUGAAUGCAGCUAGAAAACCAGCAUUCUAAGGUGUGAACUUGCAAGUAAGUCACCUGUGGCACAGGAAGUUUCCUGGCACCUUCAGCCUCC